AUGCGAGCAGUCAUUGUCUGGGCUGGUCUUGCGGGACUCACCUCCGCCACGGCCCCCAAUCGGCAGUAUACACUGGUUGAGUCCUACAAUCAUACCAACUUCUUUGACAAGUUCAACUUUUUUGAAAGCAAUUAUUCGACCGGCAACUAUAAUGAUGUCGACCCGACCUCGGGUUAUAUCAAUUAUCGCAACCGCGAUGAUGCCAUGAAACUAGGACUCAUCGCGACUCAAGGGUCGGAAAUGUUCCUUGGCGUCAAUCACAGGGACAUUCUGGAUCCCAAAGGCAAAGGUCGCGACAGCGUUCGAAUCGAAAGCAAGCAGCUCUAUAAUUAUGGGCUCUUUAUAGCCGAGUUCACGCAUCUGCCAAAGGUUACCUGUGGAGUUUGGCCCGCCUUCUGGACAUUUGGCGACCCGUGGCCUGUGAAGGGUGAGAUGGACAUCUACGAGAAUUGGAAUCUGGCAAAAGAUAACGCCAUGACCCUUCACACGGGCGAUUCAAAGGAAGUUGGAAACUGUACCAUUUGUCAGGAGAAUAUGGUGAAUCCCGUCGUCACGACCAAUUGCGACGUCACAUUUCAGGACGAGCACCAAUCCCCCAAUCAGGCGUGUCAGACACUGGAACAAGGCGGCCAAUGGGGCUCCCAGUCGGGUGGUGUUUACGCCAUGGAGUGGACCAGCGGAUUCGUCAGGCUCUGGAGUUGGAGUCGAGAAGAGACCCCUGCCGAUGUCAAGUGUCGACAGCCCAAGCCACAGCUCUGGGGAAAACCCCUUUUCUGGGCGGGCGGCUCCUCUUGCGACAUGGACAGUCACCUUCGGGACCAGAAGCUUGUGUUGAACAUUGACUUUUGCGGUGUCGCUGCGGGAAACCCGACGCUCUGGGGCCAGCAAUGCCGAAAUGCAACAGGCUACGAGAACUGCGCUGACUAUGUGGCAAAGCACCCCGACGAUUUUGCGGAUGCAUUCUGGAAAGUCCGGGCGAUUGAUAUUUAUCAAGCCGCAUCGAACUGCACGCACAGUCUUGCUGCCUUGAGGAGCAGUCGACUAAGGAGAGCGUGA